GUCAUCUCUCUCUCUCACACACAACACGCACUGAUUCUCUCUCUCUCUCUCACUCACUCACUCCCACACACCACACCCAAAAUCCAACAACCUACAGAUCUUCUCCACACGCUCUCAAUUUUCAAUUCGUAAACCCCUAAAAUCUGCUCAGAUCUGCUCCCACAUUCUUGAUUUCUACUGUUUUGGGGUUUAAUUCUUCUCUCCCAUGGCGGUUGCUGCUGCUACCAUGGAUUUCUAUCUCUAGUGCUAUUGUAGUUUUUGAGUAAAUGGCGAGCUCCGACCCUAGCAAGAAUCCCCGGUCAGACCAAUGGCCGCCGGCGCCGGAUUCCGCUGCAAUGCCUCCUUCGUCCUGGGCUAAGCGCACUGGAUUUCGCCCCAAAUUCUCCGGCGAGACCAAUGCCAGUGAGUCUGGUCAAUUUACUCCUUUACCCCCUCCCCCACCCCCGCCUCACGCGCCGGCAAAACCUAGAGUUCCGGAUACUAAUCUGGAUCUCGAAUCCGGCCGUCCCCGGCCUAGACCUACUUCAAAUGGAGAGGCUGUGGUUGCGAAAGAGAAGGAGAAGGAAAAGGAGCAGACGCAGCAAGUGAAAAGGCGGAGGGAUUCCGAUGGGGGGAAAAAUUCGGGGGGAAAUACACAGGCGACGGCGACGGGCGAGGGAAGCCGGGGGACGGCGAGGAAUGACGGUGCUCCGGCGGCGGAUGUCCUGCCUCAAUCGGUGAUGGAUGACGAAGGGUUUGUGGGCAGACAUUCGCAUAUGAAGUAUGAGCUUAGAGACACUCCUGGCCUCGUUCCGAUUGGUUUCUAUGGAAUUCAGCAUUUUCUAUCUAUAUUGGGAUCGCUGGUUCUAAUCCCGCUCGUCAUUGUUCCGGCAAUGGGUGGCACUUAUGAAGAUACGUCGAAUGUAGUUUCCACCGUGUUAUUUGUGUCAGGAGUGACGACACUGUUGCAUACGUCGUUUGGUUCAAGAUUACCGUUGAUACAGGGUUCUUCGUUUGUUUAUCUUGCCCCUGCUCUUGCGAUUAUCAACUCUCCCGAGUUUUUGGGGCUUAAUGGAAAUAAUUUCAAGCACAUAAUGAAAGAGCUACAAGGGGCCGUAAUCAUUGGGUCGGCCUUCCAGGCCCUGCUGGGGUACAGUGGUUUGAUGGCAGUAUUUGUAAGGUUAAUAAAUCCGGUUGUUGUGUCCCCUACGGUUGCUGCUGUUGGACUUUCGUUCUAUAGCUACGGCUUCCCUCGAGUCGGAACCUGUAUCGAAAUUGGUGUGGUGCAGAUAUUACUGGUUAUCAUAUUUUCCCUUUAUCUUCGUAAAAUAUCAAUAUUGGGUCAUCGUGUAUUUCUAAUUUAUGCGGUUCCCCUUGGUCUGUUCAUUACAUGGGCUGUGGCCUUUCUUUUAACGGAAUCCGGAGUGUAUAGCUAUAAAGGCUGCAAUGCUAAUGUCCCCGCCUCCAAUAUCAUUUCCGACCACUGCAGAAGGCACAUUUCGAGAAUGAAACAUUGCCGAGUCGACACUUCUCAAGCCUUGAGAUCAUCGCCAUGGUUUCGAUUUCCUUACCCGUUGCAAUGGGGGAUGCCUGUAUUCCAUUGGAGAUCAGCCGUCAUAAUGUGCGUGGUGUCGAUAAUCUCAUCCGUCGAUUCUGUCGGUUCAUAUCACGCGUCGUCGUUGUUGGUGGCGUCUAGACCCCCGACGGCCGGGGUUUUGAGCCGCGGCGUCGGUCUCGAAGGGCUUUGCAGCAUUUUGGCAGGUCUGUGGGGCACGGGAACCGGCUCGACAACUCUGACGGAAAAUGUUCACACCAUUGCUGUAACUAAAAUCGGAAGCCGCAGAGCUGUCGAAUUGGGGGCCAUCAUAAUUGUCGUCUUGUCGCUUAUAGGUAAGGUCGGGGGCUUUAUCGCAUCGAUACCAGAAGUGAUGGUUGCAGCUCUUUUGUGCUUCAUGUGGGCAAUGCUGACCGCAUUGGGUCUGUCGAAUUUACGGUACAGUGAGGCCGGGAGUUCGAGAAAUAUUAUCAUAGUCGGAUUGUCGUUAUUCUUUUCCCUAUCGGUACCCGCCUAUUUUCAGCAGUACGGAAUCUCCCCGAACUCGAACCUUUCCGUUCCGAGCUACUUCCAGCCGUACAUCGUCGCAUCCCACGGUCCAAUCGACACCAAAUUCAGCGGGCUGAAUUACGUUCUGAACACAUUGUUGUCGUUUAACAUGGUGAUUGCGUUUCUAGCGGCGGUCGUGCUUGACAACACGGUCCCGGGCAGCCACCAGGAGCGCGGCGUGUAUGUCUGGUCCGAACCAGAGGCUGCUCGACGGGAGCCCGCCGUGUUGAAAGACUACGAGCUGCCGUUCGGAGUCGGUAGGCUCUUCAGAUGGGUGAAAUGGGUUGGUCUUUAGUCGAUCGAAAGAAAUGUAUAUGUCGAUAUCGAAACUGAAUCGUCGAUACCUGAACCCGGCGCGGCGGAGCUCGUCUCGUCAUCGGGAUUCGGAACCUUCUAGAAGCUUCUCCGGCAAUGUGUGUGAUGCAGUAAGAUUUUGCGGGAGUUAGCCAAUUUUAGAAAAUGAUGAGUUUGUUGUGUAUAUUACAUUUUAAUUUGUAUUUGGUUGGUGAUGGGAUUUGUGAUUUUGGUGUCUCUAAUGUCGCUGGUAGUUGUUGAAAAUCGUGAACGCGCUUUUGUAUAUUCUUUUUUUGAGUUUUUUAAAUGGGCAUUGGACAUUGAUGGUGGUUUAUUUAUUGGCAAUUUACUUUUUGGGUG